UCUCUCCUGCUCUCUCUGGUCCUAACUUCUGGUUUGAUGCCUUCCUUGAAUACUUUUACUCUUACCCAGUCCAGUAACUUGGAUUGCAGCCAAGUGGAUGGAAUCUGUUCGCUAAGCUGUCAGGACAGUGACCUAGACUGCUUUGUCAUAGACAACAAUGGAUUCAUUCUUAUCUCCAAGAGAUCCCAAGAGACUGGAAGAUUCCUGGGAGAGGUGGAUGGCUCAGUCAUGACCUACCUGCUCAACAUGGGGGUAUUCAGUCAAGUGACUAUGUAUGAUUACCAGGCUAUGUGCAAAAUGUCCCACCAUCACCACAAUGGGGGAAGGCACCUUCUCAGUCCCAUCUAUUGGAUUGUGACUGCUGCCAAAUGGCUGAUGAGUGAGCUCUUCAUGUUCUUCUUAGAGUGGGGUACAUGGGGCUGCUGGCAGUGGGAGAGCAGGGCAGAGGCCCACAAGCUCAAGAAGCAAGAUAUAUUGCAACCCUGUGACACAGAGUAUCCUGUAUUUGUGUACCAGAACUCUAUCCAGGAGACCAAUGGGAUCAUGGAGUGUGGAGGCUGUAGAAAGAUGUUUGUGAUUCAACAGAUUCCCAACAGUAACCUCCUUCUUGUAGUGACCGACUCCACCUGUGACUGCAGCAUGUUUCCACCUGUCCUUCAAGAAGCCACAGAAGUCAAAUAUAAUGCAUCUGUCAAGUGUGACAGGAUGCGCUCCCAGAAACUCCGGAGGCGCCCAGACACCUGCCACGCAUUUCAUCCAGAGGAAAAUGCCCAGGACUGUGGAGGUGCUGCAGAGAACUUAGCCUCGAUCACACUGCUCCUGUUGCCCCUGGGAACCUGGGUGCUGCUGCGGUGACACAGCUCACAACCUUACCUACAAUGGGGUAAACAAGGCUGCCUCUUCCUUGAGCAGAUGUUCCAAAAAACUAUGACUGAUUUGAGAUCCAGUCUUUCCCACGUGGGCUAUUGAAGCCUCCCUUUUUCAUAUGGAAAAUUACUGCAGACUGUUUGGCUAGGAAAAAAGGCUCCCAAGAACCUCUUCCCAAGUACUAUCUGCCUCAAGGUUCAGUGUGGUUCUCAGGUAGCUCCCAGCUACCAACCCCUUCCUUAGUUAAGCAUGAAUAGAUACUGAUUUGACUGAAGUUUUCACUUCCAUUAAUUCACUUAGGUGCCAGGUUUCUGGUUUGAUCAAGGAAAGAAUUGACUAUUUUCACUUAACAGGUUGUUUAGAGAAGAAAGUCUCAGUUUUACAGGUACUGAGACAGGAAGACAGAACAACACAGAAGAAAUAUUACAGAAAAGACAAAAAUGCCACAGAAACUUCAAGGAAAGUAAAGCUUACUUUGGGAUACAUUUCAUUCUCUGGGGUCUGUUCAAGUUCUUAUGGGUAUGGGUGUAGGAAGGUAUAUGUUUGUGCAGGUAGGAAGAGCAAAUGAAAAAGACCCAAGAAGGGCAAAAACAAAUUUCUUUGGGUAAUGGCUUACCGCUCCAAAUGACAGUCUAAUAGUUGGAGAACUUCUAGACACAGCAUCAAUUCAAUAAACAUGUAUUGAACAUUAUGUGCUAGUUUCUGGAGAUACAAAGUCAAAAAUAAAAGUCCCUACCUUUGAGAAUGAAAUCGAGUAAGGAAUUAGGCAGGAAAAAUAUCUUGUGUAUAGCCAAACAAAUACAACAUAUAUACAAGUAAUUUCCAAGAGGGGGGAAUUUCCAAGAGAAGUUUGAACACGAAGGGCACUUUAUUAACAAUGGAGAUUGGGAUCUAAAAGAGGACACAGUGGAAGGACAAAGCAGAGUGGGGUAGGGACACAGAAAGCAUAGGGUUGCCAUGGGCACAAAUCCAGGGGAGUAUUGCUGGAGAGAGGAGCUUCACUUUAGGUGGCUUGCAACUCAAGUGACUGAAAGAGUAACAAUGAUACUGACUGAUUUAUCAGCAAGGGGGGAGGAAUGGAAGUGAAGGGAUCUUUGGUCUUCAACUAGUGGCUAAUAUACUUGUACCACCUAUCCCACUGAAGGGCUGUGGAGAAAGCAUUUGGCACUAUAUAAAUGAGAUUUUAGAAAAUUAUUUUGAAAAAAGACAUCUUCCUAUUUAAUCUACUAAUAUAACGGAAGCUAAGUGGUACAGUGGAGAAGAUUGGGAAAAACAGUUUGAAUCCUUCCUCAUUUCUUCAGACUAUGACUCUAGACUAACAAGUUAGCUAACUUCCUCUUACCUUGCUUUCCUUGUCAGUAAAAUGUAAAUGUAAAUAAUUGCAUCUACUUCCCAGGGUUGCU